GGAGGAAGAGGAAAGGAAAGGAGUCAGGCAUGGCUCUUACUCAGGGAGGCUUGACUUUCAGGGAUGUGGCCAUAGAAUUCUCUCAGGAGGAGUGGAAAUGCCUGGACCCUGCUCAGCGGACUUUGUACAGGGACGUGAUGUUGGAGAACUACAGGAACCUGUUCUCCCUGGGAAUCUCUCAUUUUGACCUGAGUCUCAUCUCUAUGUUGGAGCAAGGGAAAGAGCCCUUGAAUUUGUACACAGGUCUUAUGUGA